AUGUCCUCGUCUCCGCGGCUCACCGGUUAUACGCUGCGUCCAUCGGAGACGUCUACCACGGUAUCGAUCACACUCAAUAGCUGCGGAACGGGAAUCAAGAAGCUCAGCAUCAAGUCCGCCGGAAGCACAAACUCGGGUGGGGAGUCGACCGAUCCGCUGGAGUCAGAUUUUAGUGGCGAAGAAGAGGAAGAGCAGGAAGUAAGUGGUGAGGAGGAAGCGGACGAGGAGGAAGACGAGGACAGUGCACGGAAGGAUCGCCGGAAGGGUGAAAGUGUGCGUUCCAGAUUAGCUACAGGCCAUAACAAAAACACAAAGGCGAAAGCCGAAGAAAAGGACGAAGAAGAAGAGGAGGAAGAGGAAGAAGCGGAGAGUAACUCGGAUAACGAGCAGGAUAUUCGCCACAGUACCGCAGCAAAGCUCGUCAGUAAUCGAAGGCAAAAGUCUGCUUCUUCGGCUGACGACGACGACGACGAAGACGACAACGAAGAGGACGAGGACGAGGACGAACCGGAACAGCGAAACCAAGGGCAGCAAGUGCAUCGAAAUGUUCCCGGAAGUCGGCAGCAGCCACGGACUCCUUCUGCUGACGCUGACGAUGGUGAUGAUAGUCGGUGCGGUGGCGAUAGCGAUGACGACGGUGGCGAUCUAUCUGAUAAGAAUAAUAAUAUCGGCGGAGCUGUUCGCCGGAAACAACCGGAGGACUAUGCUUUGGAUGAUUUUCAAAUACUGAAAACGAUAGGAACGGGAACGUUUGGCCGAGUUUGCCUAUGCCGGGAUAAGAUCACCAACAAGUACUGGGCCAUGAAGAUACUCGCCAUGGCCGACGUCAUCCGAUUGAAGCAAAUCGAGCAUGUAAAGAAUGAGAAAAACAUUUUGAAGGAAAUCGACCAUCCGUUCAUUGUGAACAUGCGAUGGAACUCCAAAGAUGACUGUUGCCUGUACAUGCUGUUCGAGUUCGUGAGUGGUGGCGAACUGUUUUCCUAUCUGCGGAACGCGGGCCGUUUCGACAGUGCGACCGCCAACUUCUACGCCUGCGAGAUCGUCCUGGCGCUGGAGUACCUACACUCGCUGUCGAUCGUGUACCGCGAUCUGAAACCGGAAAACCUGCUGCUCGAUCGGGACGGACACCUAAAGAUCACCGACUUUGGGUUCGCCAAGAAGCUCAAGGACCGCACCUGGACGCUGUGCGGUACGCCCGAGUAUCUGGCACCGGAAAUCAUCCAGUCCAAGGGUCACAACAAAGCUGUAGACUGGUGGGCAUUGGGAGUACUCAUCUACGAGAUGGUCGUCGGCUAUCCACCAUUCUACGACGACAAUCCGUUCGGAAUUUACGAAAAAAUUCUCAGCGGAAAGAUCGAAUGGUCUAGACACGUCGAUCCCAUUGCCAAGGAUCUGGUCAAGAAGCUGCUGGUACUGGAUCGCACCAAGCGACUGGGUAACAUGAAGAAUGGAGCAGAAGACGUCAAAAGACACCGUUGGUUUAAGCAGCUGGACUGGAACGUUGUGAUAAGAAAGCAGCUGAAACCUCCCAUCGUUCCUACGUACGUGUUUAAUUCAAAAGAGGACGAUACCAGCAACUUUGACGACUACCCGGAGACGGAUUGGAAAUCGGUGCGAUCGCUGGACAAAAUCGAGAUGCAACUGUUUGAAGACUUUUGAAGGUCUCUGACUGGAUUCAUCUUCAAACCGUACGUCGUCGUCGUCGUCGUCGUUCCGCCAUUUUGUAGAUAAUAAGCAUCCCGCCACGAACGCGAUCCUCCCGUCAGACAUACACUGUAUUUAUUGGAAAGAUCCAACAACAAUCCGCUGGAGAGUGCAGUCUAAAUUUAGUUUAGAAAUCUGAAUAAUGCUCAUGUUUUUGCAGUGAGUCACAAGAAAAAACGUUAGUCAUUGUGUACAUAAAACUAGUUCUUAAAAAACGGCAACCAGCCUAUUGCCGUGUAGGACGUAACAUGAUAUAGUAUAUUUCGUGUGGCCGUUAUUUCGUCGAGAAGUGGGCGAAAAAAAAGAACAAAGCUUUCAAAUAGACUAGAGCCCUGAAUGGUGCCGGAGGAGGUCAGUAGAUUAGGGAUAGGAUAUGAUUUGUGCUUGCAGUCUAUAGCAUAAGUUUUAAUCCAUAAUGGUACUGUGAUAGGAGAAAACAAAAAAAUGAUGCAAACAUAAUUGUGCAGUUCCCGUUUUGUAAAAAUUCAGAAAAUCAGUGUCUAAUUGCUCGGAAACUUUCAAUAUGUUACGCUACCGAAGUAUGUGUGUCUAUUUCAACAAAAAAAACCAUCCUACCAGUCAAGGUAUAACCUCAAUUUCCUAAAUUUGUCCAUUCGAGAGCUGUAGAGAAUGGUAGAGUGUUUAAACUAAAAGUUGCAUGUUCAACUUUCACGAUACAUCAUAGCUUAUCCAAAUAUACCGUUAGGCCUGAACAUUAUGCUACACUCCUUGAAUAUACUACACCAUUUGCUGAUGAAGUGUUUUCUGAAAUAAAAAUCUUAU